CCUCCAUAGAUCGCCAGUUACUUUAAUAACAACUCUAGGAUUUGUUUGAAAACACCUCGGCACAACAAAUCUCCCAGCUCGGGGGAUUCUAAUCAGCCCGGUGAGGUUCAGAUUCUGACCCACAUACAGACAGUGCAGCUGGGGUCUCCCAGCGAGACCACUCGAACCAUCGCUGCAAUCCCUGGUCAGCUGCAGACGGACGCUCUCUCUGCAGAUCACAGGUGAUUACUGAGUUUCCAGCUCUCAGUGGAAUGAUGUGUGAAGUCAUGGAACUGGCUACUCUGGGCCAUCCUUUCCAGCUAGGAAUGCUGUACGACUGCCGGUCAGACACUCUGAUCCCAGACAUCACCUUGUGGGAUUCACAGACACUCCAGAAUAACCUCAGUAGUCGGGAUCAGCCCAGCACUGAGUUUCACAUCCUCACAUUGGACUCCAUGGAGAAGAAAGUUGCCGCACUCAAUGUGUCGGAAUCACUGAAAGCAAGUCUGCUGAGUGGUGCAGUGGAGGUGAAAGGAUCAGCAAAAUAUCUCACUGACACAAAGGAAUCAAAACGACAGGCACGAGUUACCCUCCAGUACAAAACAACGACCAGCUUUGAAAAACUGACAAUGAGCCACUUGAGGAAGCUGAACAUCAGUGACCCGAGUGUGUUUGACGAGGAGUCGGCAACCCAUGUCGUUACAGCAGUGCUGUAUGGGGCCCAGGCUUUCUUUGUGUUUGAUCAAAUGGUCACUCCAGCAGAGAAACUGCAGGAUGUCCAGCGUGAUAUGGAAGCAAUGAUUACACAUCUCCCUGAGUUUGCAGUUCAGGGGGAAGAUUCACUGAAAAUGACGGAAGAACAGAAGUUUAAUUCUGAGAAAUUUAGCUGCACCUUUUAUGGGGAUUUCUCACUGAAGAACAAUCCCACCACAUUCCAAGAUGCCAUCAGUACCUAUGCAAGCCUCCCAAGCUUACUGGGAUCAGGUGGGGAGAAUUCAGUGCCUAUGAGAGUCAUACUUUAUCCUCUCAGUAAACUAAACUCAAAAGCUGCUCAGGUGGUGAGGGAGAUAAGUGUGGGUUUGAUCAGUCACUGCCAGCGUGUCCUGGAACAGCUCAGUAAGGCAGUGAUGAGAUGCAAUGAUAUGCUGAAAGACAGGGUCUCCAUUCAGUUUCCUGAGAUUGGAGAUAGGACAAAACAAUUCCAAGGGAUGUGCUUGGAAUACAAACUGGUUUUCCAGGGGACUUUAGCAAGAGUUUUGCCACCUAUCCGGGGAGGUAAAGAAAAGAAAGGUUUACUGGCGGAUAUACUGAAGAACAGGGAACAGUCACCAUUCAGUCAGCAGUCACUGGUCACAUGGUUGGAUAAUAAGGAACAGGAGAUGAAGGCAGUGGGACAUUACCUCAAGAUGUUUGAAGAUAUAUCUUUGGUGAAAUCAAAGAGAGAGUUGGAUGAUGAGCUGAUGGAUCCAACAAUAGACUAUGUGGUCUGCUUCACAUUUACAUCACUGCAUCAGGAUGAUCUCUAUCUGUCAGAGGCAAAGAACUACCUCCAAUCUUUCACAGAUCAGAAAAUGCAGUCACCAACUCCUACUGGGGCCUGUGCGACACGACACAGCAAGCAGUGGUUUUGCCAACAGUCUGUGUCCCAUAAAAUGGAGGAAAAUUCUCAAUUAUUCCUGGACUUUGCCACAGCCAACAAAGCAGAUGGGAAAAUAAAAUUUCUUGUUACGUCUGUGAAGGAUGACAGUCAAACAGGAUCAGCUAUUUACCUGUAUCGGGAAGGGUCUCUGGAGAACCCAUGUUUUGAACCCCCAUCACAGCCAAGGAGACCUAUAGUUCAUCAAACAACACAUGACAGUGUGAUACUGCAGUUACAUCCACCCAGAUAUGGUGCCAGUGAGAUUGUGGGUUACAAGGUAGAGUACCAGGGCCCCCAGCAGGAGGGAUGGACAUCUGUGGUUACACCUGAUAAAUCCCAGUCCUUCACAAUAUCUGGGCUGCAGCCAGGCAAGAGGUAUUAUUUCCAAUACACAGCUGUGUCGAAGGUAGGUGUCAGCAAGGCCAGUGUCAACUCUCGGUACAUCACUUGUCCUACAAGUUCACCUGGUCAACUGGCCUUCCAAUGUUGUUCACCAAUUGCCACUCUGACUUGGGACAUUCCAAAACAGAAUGGGGAUGGUGUUAAAAUAUUUCAGAACAAAAUUGAAUAUAAAGAAGAGACAACAGUUGGGUCCAAAAUGGAGUAUGGAUUAUGCAAGGCAGUGAAGACAAGUGAUACACAAUGUCAUUAUCAGCUAAAGGAAUUGAAACCAAAGACAAAAUACAGAGUCCGAGUGUCUGCUGACUGUGGGGAAGCAGGUUGCAGUGCAGCAAGUAAUGAGCUAUUAUUAGAAACAGUAAAUGCACCAAAGAGAAUAGCCCAGAAACUUUUGAGAGAAUCUCCAGUGAUAUCCAAAGGAAACCCUUCCAUUUACAAGCUCAACCUGAAGGAGAAGAUAUUGGAUGAUAGGAAACACCUUGUGAAAUGCUCCUUUGGAAAACUCAGUACAAAACACGGAAUGAAGACAAUUAUGGUUCUGGGAGCAACAGGGUCAGGAAAGACGACCCUCAUCAAUGGGAUGAUCAACUACAUCUUGGGCGUGGAAUGGAAAGAUUACUUCAGAUACAAGUUAAUAGAUGAAGAGACAGGAAAAUCCCAGGCUGAAAGUCAGACAUCCUCCAUCACUGCCUACGAACUCCACCAUCAGGUAGGAUUUAAAAUUGAUUACUCUCUGACUAUCAUCGAUACACCAGGAUUUGGAGACACCAGGGGAAUAAGCCGAGAUCACUUGAUCACUGAGAACAUCCGAGAGUUUUUCACCUCCCCACAGGGUGUUGAUCAAAUUGAUGCUGUGUGUUUUGUUGUUCAAGCCUCUUUGGCUCGCCUGACACACACACAGAAAUAUAUCUUUGAUUCAAUUCUUUCUGUUUUUGGCAAAGAUAUUGAAGAGAAUGUUCAGAUAUUGGUGACAUUUGCAGAUGGACAGCCUCCCCCUGUUCUGGAGACUUUGAAGGUAGCAGAGGUACCAUGUCCCAAAGAUAAAAAUGGUGUGCCAGUUCACUUCAAGUUUAACAAUUCAGUUGUGUUUGCCCAGUGUAUGGCAUCUGGAAAAGCUGCCGAUAAGGAUACUUCUGAUGACAGUGAAGAAGAGCAUGAUGAUAAUUUUGAUGCAAUGUCCUGGAAGAUGGGAGAAAACAGUAUGAAGAAAUUCUUUCGGCCUCUGAACAAGAUGGAAACAAAAAGUUUAUCUUUGACCAAAGAGGUUUUGAUGGAACGUAAGCAGCUGGAGACUGUAGUGGAGGGGUUGCAGGUUCAGAUCAGAGUUGGCCUGACCAAACUGGAGGAAGUCAGGAAAACACAACAAGUUCUGAACCAACACCAGACCGAGCUGGAAGCAAAUAAAGACUUUGAGUAUGAGAUUGAGAUUACAGUUCCUGAACAGGAAGAUAUCAGCAAAACAGGCCAUUACAUAACCAACUGUCAAAAAUGUCACUUCACCUGUCACUAUCCCUGUGCGAUUGCAAAUGAUGCAGAAAAAUCUGGGUGGGCAGCAAUGGACGGGAAUAGAAACUGCACUGUCUGUCCCCAAAAAUGUGUCUGGAGUGUUCACUUCAACCAGAAAUACAAGUUUAACUAUGUAACCAAAAAGGAGAAGAGAACAUACGAUGAGCUGAAAAAAAAUUAUGAGAUGGCCUAUGGUGAGAAGAUGACUCAGCAGAAUAUCAUGGAGAGCCUUCAGCAAGAGUUUGUUGUGGUUCAGAAUGUUGUGUUGGAGUUUAUUGAACAAUUAUCCAUCAGCAUUAGGAGACUUGAAGAGAUAGCUCUGAGACCAAGUCCGUUAUCCACUCCAGCUUAUAUUGAGCUCCUGAUUCAGUCUGAGAAAGAAGAGGCCAAGCCUGGGUUCCUGGACAGAAUUCAGGCACUGAGGGACGUCAAGGAACGGGCAGAGUUGAUAGAGAAAGUUACCAAUGUGAAUAUGUCAUCAGAGGAACAGAAGCAAAAUCCAACAGAGUCAAAAAAAAGCACUGGAAACUGGGUUACAAACAACCUUUCUAUCAUUUUUAAUAGGUUCUCUACCAAUAUAUAACUGGAAGACAUUGCAACCAUAU